UUUUUUUUAUCUCGAUAUUUUUAAAAAGAAAAAGUGUUCGCAAUUGCAAUAGCAUCAUUAGUCCGAUACAAGCCAUUAAAUACUGGAUUUGUUCGAACGUGUAUUUAUUAUUUAGUCAAACGAAAAUAAAAUAGUUUUGGUUUUUGUUGUUGUUGUUGCUGUUGUUGGAGGACGUUUCAUUGUUAAAGCAUUUUCACUCGUUCGUUUCGAUUUCGUUUUGACAAUUAUUGUGAUAUACAUAUAAAUAUAGAAUCAUUGGCCGUGUGCGUUUGUGUUUUAUGAUACAACGAGAUCAUCUACAUAUAAGCCCCAUGGUAUAGUCUUCGAUACAAUUUUCGUUGUUGUUGUUGUUAUUGUUGUGCUGGUUAAACCGAGAGCUACACACGUUUCGUAAAUUCAAAAAUAUCAAAAAAAAAAACAACAACAACAACUGCGAGUUCGAGAAGAAACAUUGUUCAUGUGUGCUGUACGCUAGAGCAAUACAAACAACGUCAUUAGUUGCAUACAUAAACAAAUCAUCUAACUAACCAACCAUAUAUCCAUAUAUUCAUAUACACGCAUACUCACAUACACACUUCCAACACACAGAGUUGAUGGUGAACAGCGAAGAGAGAAGUUGGGUAUUAGUACGGAACGUGUAAAAACAACUGUGUUUGUGUUGAAAACUUUGUCAACAUUCGAGUCAAAAAAGAGAAGAAAAUAGUCGUGCUACAAUACAAAGAAUCAUCUCAUUUCAACUGUCAGACAUUUGGGUGAAUUGAAGAUGAGUUUGAGUGGUGGAUCUCAACAAAAUGAUAGCGAUUCGAUGGGAUUUUUUGUAAAUUUCAACCAAGAUUGCUCAUCGUUGGCUGUGGGCUGUAAAAAUGGAUUCUCACUAUUUUCCCUUAACUCGAUCGAUUCGACGCUGGAAGAGAUCUACCAAAGUUCCGGUGAAGAGAUAACAAUAGUUGAACGUUUAUUCAGUAGUUCAUUAGUGGCUGUUGUCUCUUUGAAUGCGCCCAGAAAAUUGAAGGUAUGUCAUUUCAAGAAAGGAACGGAAAUAUGCAACUAUUCGUAUGCGAAUACAAUUCUUGGUGUGAAAUUGAAUCGGGCCCGUUUGGUGGUGUGUUUGGAAGAAAGUUUAUACAUACAUAAUAUUCGUGAUAUGAAAGUUGUGCAUACAAUACGUGAUACGCCGCCAAAUCGUCGUGGAUUGUGUGCACUUGCAUCCGAUUCGGAUCAUUGUUAUUUGGCAUAUCCGGGUAGUCCAACGGUUGGUCAAGUGCAAAUAUUUGAUGCAGUUACAUUGCAGGCCAAAAUUAUGAUUCCAGCUCAUGACAAUCCGUUGGCGGCCAUAACAUUCAGUUCGGCUGGCACCGAAAUCGCAACGGCUAGUGAAAAAGGCACUGUGAUUCGAGUAUUUUCCGUUGAAGAUGGCUCCAAACUAUUUGAAUUUCGACGUGGUGUCAAACGUUGCGUGGCAAUAUCAUCAUUAGCAUUUAGCACCUGUUCAAAAUAUUUAUGUUGUAGUUCAAAUACAGAAACGGUACACGUUUUUAAAUUGGAACGGGUCUCACCAGAGGCAAAAGAAAACAAUCACAAAAACGAAGAUUGGAUGGGGUACUUAAGUAAAACGGUUUCCAGCUACUUUCCAACACAAGUCACCGAUGUAUUCACCCAAGGUCGUGACUUUGCCACAGCCGUUUUACCGAUCACCGGUUACAGUCCAAUUAGUGUCAUUACAACAAUUCAUCGUUCCCUAAAGCUUCUGGUUGCAACACAAAAUGGUUUUCUUUAUGUAUAUGAUGUGUCUGAGGUUGAAGGUGGCGAUUGCAAAUUAAUUGUUAAACAUAAUUUGCGCAAUAUUUCAGAUUCUCAACCGAUUAAAAUUGCAGAUGUGCAACCAAAUGGAAGCCCCUUAAAUAAUUCCCCAUCGACCACUUCUGGUGGAAGUAAUAUUGGGCCCAGUUAUGCAUCCACUGUGAAAGCAGGAACAUCAGAUGAUGACCAAUGAGUUAUUCUAUCAUGUUCAUAGCAUAAACAUAUAUUUUAGUACUAUUACAAUAAUUACAAAAACACCGAAAACAAAACAAAACAAAAAAACUCAUAUACAUCAAAAACAAUUGUUUUCAAUUCCUUAAGUAGCUGAAUACAACCACAAAAAAAAUGAAAAGCCCCUUUGUUCUUUUACAUAUAUCAUAAAUACGUGAAUCGCUUUCGAAUCUAAAAAUAAAACUGAAAGUACUUUGCAAUUAAGCAAAAUAUAUCGUAAAGGUGGGAAGUUUUUUCUUUCCGAAGUGCAGCAACAAAGAAAGAAAAGGAGAUUUUUUUAAAAAAAUAAACGAAUAUUAAUAAUGAAUUGCAAUUAACAUAUGCAGACGAAAGAAAAUGAAUAUACAAUUUUACUUCAAAUUCAAGUAGAGUGUGUUUUAAAAAAUAGUGAACUAGUUGACGGAAAAUUGCGAAAAAAAAAUAAUUUUAAACAAAACAUAAAAAUAUAAAAGAUAAAAAAAAACGACAAGAACAAAAAACAAGAAAUUGAUUUAUUCAUUUGUCUCCUUAAUUUAGAAGAAAAAGAAGUGUUGAAGAGGAAUAGAAGCUGUGGAACACUAGGUCAUGUCUUUAUCACUAUUUUUACAAAAAAAAUCUCGACUCAAUUUAUAUUAUUUAAAUUAGAAAGCACUUGAAACGCUGUUUAUAUAGAUUUUUCAUAUGCGUAAUGUGUGGGCUACAUUACAACAUUUGCCAUUAUGUGUUAACAACACAAAUGAGUAGGAUAUUUUUCCGUUCGUUCAUUAUUCUCAUGUCGUAAGUAAAAAAUUCGAGGAAAAAUAAAAUUCAUUCAAAUAAUAGGGUAUGUGAAAGAUGUCAUGUAGAUUUGUUCGGUAUUUUACGUGGACCUAAUAUCUAAGUAAAUAUACACGCAAUCAUUUAUAUAAAAUUUAAAAAUCCAAUACCAUGUGAAAUACUGAGAUGACAUGCUAUUUGGAAUACCCUAAUGGAAAAAGGAAAAAGAAUAUCAUCCAAAAAAAAAAAAAACCCAAGUAUUUUGUUUUCUAACCGUUAAAAAAAAAAAUUAUUUUUCUUACU